UUGACAAAUUAAGCAUUAUCACUGACACAAGGAUCAGAGUAUAGGUUCAUGUAUGGCAACAAUGAAACCUGUAUUGAUGUUAAGAUGGACGUUAUGUUUACUCUGAGUAAUGGAGAGGAAGUAGUAAAAAUUGAUGGAAGUAAUUUCACUGUGAUUAGCGGAGAUUGUGCAACAGAAGGAGAAUAUCAGGCAACAUUGAUACUGCAUAAUUUCCAAGAAGACUUUUUGGCCCUGACUUUCAAUGCUCUCCCUGAUUUAUCAGUGAACAUGAGUUUGAGGUUUACAUUUGCUCCAUUCGAGUUCUUUCCAGGAACACCAAUAGCAACUACAACAACUUUGUUGGACACUGGAGACUUGAAACUUGGAAAUGUCACCCAGCUUUACCGGUGUAUAUCCCCUCAGAGAAUGACAUUGACUGGAGAGCUGGAAGACAUUACUUACACAAUGUUAAUGGAUAUGUCUGGUGUCCAGAUUCAGGCCUUUAAUAUAGAAAAUGGAACCCUCAGUACUGAUGGUUAG